AUGAUCGUCUAUAUGGGCUCGACAGAGUGCAUCAAUCCAACAAGCCUCAUAAUCACCACCACUUACCCCACCACCACCUGCGUGAGCCAGACCCACGUGUCCUUCCCCAGCUCUCACCCCACCACGCCGGGGACAGAGACACCACGGACAGCCAUCACCAGUGCUUAUCCCGUGUCAACAACCAAGAGAGUCACCUCUGCCGUGACCAGUCCCCCCACAGUCACCACUCCAGGGAAAACUCNAGAGACACCACGGACAGCCAUCACCAGUGCUUAUCCCGUGUCAACAACCAAGAGAGUCACCUCCGCCGUGACCAGUCCCCCCACAGUCACCACUCCAGGGAAAACUCCCACAACCACAGCCCCACUCUCCUCCUUUGUCCCAGCCACACACCCAACCCCAGACACUCUGACCUCCUCUAUGACUGGGGCCACUAAAAGGACUACGCCAGCCGCUGCGAGUGGCCACACAACUGCGCCUCCUACCCCAACAAGCGCGCCUACCUCUCCCACUGCCCCUUCUCUGACUUCUAGGAACACCUUGACAACAACAGUGACUGACAAAAGCUUCUCACCCACCACCCAUACUGUGAGCACUGCUUCACUUCCAGACACGCUCAGUACACUUAAAACACCCACAGCCACCACGCGUGCUCCGACCUCAGCUGGUUCACUGACAACACCUACAACACCAGGUGCAUCUGCUGCUACUGAAGCGACCACUGGAACAGGUACACCAAACACAACUCCUGUGAACACAACGGGCUCCAUGAAAACAACACCCAUUCCAGUGACUGACAUUCCCACAGAAACUCUCACUGCCUCAGUUACUUCAGUUUCUCCAGUCAUGUCCUCAACCAGUCCUGCCACAUUUACCACAUCCAAAUCCAGCCCUGCGCCAACCAGCACUGAUACACACAUGACAUCCACUACCAAGGGACCACCCUCCACCACUCUAGCCACUACAGAAAUAGGCGAGACAAGGGACCCAGCAUCUCAUGCUUCUUCCACCAGGAAAACCACAUUUAUUACUACAACUGAUGUUUCUACAGAGACUCUAACAACAGAGAUUGCUUCUGCGGCCCCAGUCACACCAUCAUAUACUCUCAAAUAUACAAUCAUUUAUCCAAGUGCUUCUACUUCAGUGACCACCAGUACCUUGAUAUCACCCAUCAGUAAGCAUCAGUCUUCAUCUGCUUCAACCACAGAGCAGGCCUCCACUUCGACCAGAGACAGGAGUCCUUUCUCCACUCUGACUACCAGAUUCCCUAAUACCCACACCAGUGCUGUCCUUUCAACUCCCAAGAGCAAUCCUACCGGAUCCACAACAGAAAUCACCAUUCCCACGGACACUGCAGAGCAUGCCACCUCAGUGACAGCCAUGCUGCCCACUCCUUCGAGGACAGAAACAAGUGAGAGUUUGAAAACAUACAUGUUAACCACACUCACGCCGAACACACCACAGAGUACUCUAGGCAACAUAUUUAAAACUGGUUCCAAAACACGAAGCACAGAAACAUCUGCAAUAACCUCAGUUUUCCCUAACUCUAGAUGGACACAGAAAACCACAAAAACAAUCCUAUAUUUCGGUAGUAAUGGUAACAAUACCAUAUUACCAAAAACCACUAAAGCCAAAACCAGGCAAAGCAUGAAAACAAUGAAUGACAAUGGUUCCAAAAUUACUCUAUCCAGAUUAUUGAAAAAGCAACAAAAUAAUACUGAUUUUUCCAACACCACCUACAAUAUUGAAAAAACAUUAGGAACAUUGAACACAAAUAAUAUUACAUCUAAAGAACAUGCAAUCAGGACAAAAACUACCCCUCGAAAUCUGACAAAUCCAGUAAGAAAGAAAAGGGCUCUUUCAGAAAAAAACAACAAAACAACAAAUAAAAUAAUAACCAUAAAAAUGACGACAGAAACCACAAAAUCAGAUGAAAUAAUGCCAGUGACUGACAAAAGGAGAAAUUCAGAGAAGUUCCUUAUGACACAACACUCCAGAUACAUCUCUAGGCACUUCUUCCACGUCUACCAGCACUACCAGGACUACUCAGGCAGAAAGUACCACCUCACCUGCCACAAGCACCGAUGCACUGCACACAACCACAGGGUCUCCCAGUGA